GAGGCAGGCGCGGGGGUAGGGGAGGCGAGGUGACGCGCGAGGGAAGCGGUUCCCCGUCGGUUUUUAAACAAGGUUUCCUUUCUCCGCUUUUGGGAUUAGGUCGCCCACCGGCCGUCGAGGUUCGCAGCGCGUUCUUCCCGGGGACUUAGUCGUGGGAGGACCCAACUCUGCGCGUGUUCUGCCCAGGGUCCAGGGACCGCCCGUAUUGGGGGAAGCCAGCCUCCCAGCUCCGAGACUCUGCUUGCUGGCAGCCCUCGCCUCCGGCCCUGGCCCUCCCUCUCCAACCUCACCGCCUUCUUCACCUAUUCUCCAGCUUCUCCUCCCUCGCCCGCUCUGGUCUCCUUCGCUUCCCACCUUCACCAUGUGCUCCACGCCCGGCCUGCCCAGCCCUGGCGCCCCCAUCACGCUGCGCGUCUCCUUCGUGGACGUGCACCCGGAGGUGAUCCCCGUGCAGCUGUGGGGGCUAGUGGGCGACCGGCGGGAGGAGUACGUGCGCCUGGGCCACAACAUCCAGGCGGCCACCGCGGCAGUGGCGGCCCGGACCCGGGCCAUGCCGGCUGCCAGCCCCGGGGAACUGUGCCUCGUGCAGCUGGGGCCCCGCUGGCAUCGCUGCCGCGUGGUCAGCCGCCAAGCGCAGGAGUGCCGGGUCUUCCUCCUGGAUGAAGGUCGCACGGUGACGGUCAACUCGGCAGCCCUGGCCCCGGGCCGCAACGAGUUCUUCCACCUGCCGUCGGAGGUGCUGGGCUGCCUGUUGACUGGCCUGGUGCCGCUCGGGGGAAGUGGAGGCGGGGAGCCCCAGCAGUGGUCCCGCGGGGCUGUGGAUUUCCUCGGCCACCUCCAGGGCAAGGAGGUGCAGGGCCGCGUGCAGGAUGUGCUGCUUCCCCAGCGCUUGGUGCUGCUGGACGUGCCCAGCGUGUUCCAGCAGAUGCAAGACCUGGGCCUGGCUCGACAGGUGCCCGACAGCCUCUUUCGAUCCCUGCUGAAGCGCUACAUCAACGCGGCGGGGGCCUCAGUGCUCCUUCCACGGGCCCUGCCCAAGCAGGACCCCCCGCAGCUCUUGGAUUACUUCUACCCCCAGCUGCAGCUGGGCGUCACGGAGCCCGUGGUGGUGACCCAGGUGUGCCACCCCCACCGCAUCCACUGCCAGCUCCGCAGCCUUUCCCAGGAGAUCCGCCGGCUGUCCGACAGCAUGGCCCAUGCCUAUCGGGCCGCAGGUACCGGGGACGAAAGUGGGAGAAGCAGCGGCUGGGAGGAGAGGGAGGAGAGCCCCGACAAGCCCGGCUCCCCUUGUGCUGCUUUUGGCCUGGACGGACAGUGGUACCGUGCGCAGCUGCUGGAGAAUUUCCGACCGCAGCGCUGCGCGCAAGUGCUGCACGUAGACUAUGGGAGGAAAGAGUUAGUGAGCUGUGGUAGUCUGAGGUACUUGCUUCCUGAAUAUUUUCGGAUGCCUGUAGUCACUUAUCCCUGUGCCUUGUAUGGACUCUGGGAUGGUGGGCGAGGCUGGUCUCGUUCCCAAGUGGGAGACCUCAAGGCCCUGAUCCUAGGUCAGGCGGUGAAUGCCAAAAUUGAAUUUUAUAGCUCCUUUGAACACGUGUAUUAUGUAACCUUAUAUGGAGAGGAUGGGAUUAAUCUCAACUGCGCUUUCGGUGUCCAGUCCUGCUGUCUGGCGGACAGACUUCUCCAGAGCCCGAGCCUAGAAGAAGAGGAAGGGAAGGAGGAGUCUGAACCUGAGGAAGGAUUGGAAAAUGACCGGUCCCCCCCAAUCCUGAAAACUGUGCGCCUGAAGGCUAAUUCUUUCUAUGAUGCCCAGGUGGAAUUUGUUAAAGAUCCCUCGGAGUUUUGGAUCCGAUUGAGAAAACAUAGUUGCCCCUUCGGCAAGUUAGUGAGGAGUAUGUGUAACUUCUACUCAUCGAGGAAGCUGGAGGGGUUAGCCCUGCAGCCCGUGCCCGACCACCUCUGCUGUGCCAAAUGGAAGGAGCACGGGUAUUAUCGGGCUGUAGUCACUAGAUUGGUAGGGGACAAAAGCGUGGAGGUGCAUUUGGUAGAUCGGGGCAAUACAGAGACAGUGGGCUGCUGUGAUGUAAAAAUGCUGCUUCCCCAGUUCCAACAGCUCCCAGCAGUGGCACUGAAGUGCUGUCUAGCAGAUAUCUGGCCCCUGGGGGAGAGCUGGAGCCGAGAAGCAGUUUCGUAUUUCAAAAAAACAGUGUUGCACAAGGAGUUGGUCAUCCAUGUCCUUGAUAAGCAAGAUGGCCAGUAUGUCAUUGAAAUUCUUGACGAAUCAAGGAUGGGAGAAGAAAAUGUGAGCAAAUUGAUUGCCCAAGCUGGAUACGCCAAAUACCAAGAAUUUGAGAUGAUGGACGUAAGGCCACCUGCCCAUCCCCAGGAGCAAAUUCCAAAUCAACCGAGUACUGAUUGUAACCAAGUGUCUCCUGCCAGGAAUAUUGGAGUAGGACAGUGGAGAAAGAGCAGUGACAAGCCUCCGGUUUCAGAGGUUGUGACCGACAGAACAAUUGUCACCAUAAGCUCUUUGAGUGAAUCAGUUGUGCAGUCAACAGGGAACACUAGGAAUAUGCCCAUCUAUUCUCCACUAGUACAAAAUUAUUUGGAAAUAGAGCAGGACUCUCCCUGUAAAGGUCAAUUAGAAGUUGGGAGCACAGUAGAAGUUAAUGUGUCUUAUGUUGAAAGCCCUGGAUAUUUCUGGUGCCAACUGACCAGAAACCUUCAAGGUCUCAGAACCCUAAUGUGUAAAAUUCAGGAUUUUUGCAAGGAUUCUGCCACUCCAUACCAGGGAAUCAGUGCAGCUUGCUUGGCGAAGCGUACUAUUAAUGGGAAAUGGUCCAGAGCUUUGAUUAUUAGUGGAACCUCUUCUGCUGACAGGGCCCAAGUAAUAUUUGUUGACUAUGGAAAUAAAGAAGUAGUCUCUAUGAAGAAUAUCUAUUCAAUCAAUGAUGAAUUUUUAAAGUUGAAGGCACAGGCUUUUAGAUGCAGCCUUUACAAUUUAAUUCAGCCAGCUGGUCAAAAUCCCUUUAUUUGGGAUGAAAGAGCCAUUCAAGCUUUUAAAGAAUUUGUAGAUAAUACCUGGGAAGAUAAUCUGGAGUUGAAAUGCACGAUUUUUGCCCUCGCAGCAAUAAAUGACAAUGAACUCUUUAAUGUGGUAGACUUACUGACUCCUUUUCAAAGUGCUUGCUGUUACCUGACAGAAAUUGGCUUUGCAAGACAAGUUAGACUUCAGAAACCUCUAGCAUCCUCCAUGCGACUCCAUUCCUACUAUUAUUCCACACACGAUAUCAAAAUUGGAAGUGAAGAAGCCGUUUUUGUAACCCACGUGGAUGGACCUUGGACCUUUUAUUGCCAGCUUGCAAGGAGCUCAGGUGUUCUAGAGCAGCUGUCAAGAGAUAUCUGUCGAUUCAGCAAAGUCUUACAACAUUCAAAAACAUCUUCAUUAAGCCCUGGGAUCUUGUGCCUCGCAAAAUACAGUGACCAGAAUUGGUACAGAGGAAUAGUGACCAGCAAAGAACCAAACAAAGUUUUCUUUGUUGACUUUGGGAACGUUCAUGUGGUUACGGAUGAAGACUUGCUUCCCAUCCCAGGGGAUGCCUAUGAUCUCUUACUUUUGCCCAUGCAAGCUGUGAAAUGUUCUUUGUCUGAUGUCUAUGAUAAUACCCCUAAAGAAAUUGCAAGUUGGUUUGAAGAGGCUGUGCUAGACAAAUCACUGAAGGCUUUAGUUGUAGCAAAAGAUGCAGAUGGAAGGUUGAUUAUUGAAUUGUAUGAUGGUGGUGUUCAGAUUAAUGCUAAAAUAAAUGAGAAGUUGGGUUUACUAGGUUACAAAGGGCCAAAGAAAGUAGAAAAUGAAGAGUUGCUCUCUUCAGCUGAAACCCUCAAAGAAGGAAAAAGUGAAAAUAGGAAAUUACUUGCUGGAUAUUCCAGCAAAACAGCAAACACAUUAUGCACGUUAGAGAUCCAGGGAGAAUCAUGCAAACCUAAAAUCAGUUUAGCAUGUAAGGAAUUAAAAAACUUACAAAGUUCAACUAGGAUGGGCUUGUUAACCAAUUAUCAGGAAUCUGUGGGAAGUCAAAAUUAUCACAUGUCCCACCCACCUGAUCAAAUAGGAGACAAGCCUUCUGCACAAGUUAACUUAGAGAGAAAUAAGGACUUAUCACUUAAAUUUUGUGAUCUACCCAAGAAAAGUAUUGUGCCUGGUUUUAAAACUAAGAUAUACGUUUCCCAUAUUAAUGAUCUAACAGACUUCUAUAUUCAAUUAGCGGAUGAUGAGGAUGAACUUGCGAGUAUUUCGGAGAAGUUAAAUGACAAUAAAGUAAGACAUGAAGGUCUCGCUGGACAACCUCUAGAAAAGGGAGACUUGAUAUGUGCGGUUUUUCCAGAGGAUGACUUAAGGUAUCGGGCUGUAGUUAAAGAGCAGUCUGGCGACCUCAUCACUGUACAAUUCAUAGACUAUGGGAACACUUCAGUGGUCAACAUUAGCAAACUAAGCAAGCUUCAGAAAGUUAACACGUUAGUUCCAGGGAUGAGUAUUCAUUGUACCCUGGGUGGGCUUCAUAUCCUGCCAAUUAAAAACCAACGUCAAGAGCUUUACUUUUCAGAGAGAACAGGUGAGGCUCAGAUAAAUUGUGAAUUUGUUAUGAAAUCUGAAGAUAAGUGGGAUGUUUUGCUUACGGAUGAGCAGGGUGUAAUAUCCGAAGAUAUGAUGAGCAAGUUUAUAUGUAGUGCGAAAUCACAAGUAGAAACUUCUGCCCAGAUAAAUACAGGUACCAAUCUACAGUUGCUAUUGGACCCUGCUCCUCCCCCUCCCCCUCCCUCUCCCCCUGUUCCUUUCCCUCCUCCUAUUCCUUCCCUUCUUCCCCUUGAGGAGUCCCUUAAAGAUCCUGGCAAAACAAAUUUUAAAUUGCUCAACUGGUACCUUCCAGAAGUAAGUAAGAUAAAAGUCUAUGCUACUGUGAUUGAUGGACCAGAGUAUUUUUGGUGUCAGUUUGCUGACACAAAAAUCCUUGACCGCUUGGACCCCCAGGUACAGGCUGCUGGAGAACGUGCAGCAGUCUGUGCAGAUUGCAUUUCAGUUAUUCAGUCAGGUGUUGUCUGUAUUGUUAAAUACAGUGAAGAUGGACGUUUUUAUAGGGGACUUGUUACUGAUGUGCUAGAGGGAGACCUUGUAUCGGUCCGCUUUGUAGACUUCGGGAAUGCUGUAAAUUUUGGCAGACGUGCCCUCUGGAGUAUCCCUGGUGACCUCCUGAAUAUUAAUAUGCAGUGUUUUCCCUGUUGUCUAUCGGGAUAUAACGUUUUAGGAGGUAUAUGUUCUUUUGAAGAAAACGACUAUUUUUAUGAAAUGGCUACAGAAGGUGUUUUAGAGCUUACGAUUUUAGAGGUCAAAAAGGAUGUCUGUGAUAUACCACUGGCUGUGGUUCAAUUAAAGUAUAAAGGUGAAAAUCUUAAUGAGAAAAUGCUGAAAUUUUCCAAUCAGUUCUUUAAAACUGAUAAGGAAUUCCCAAAGACUUUAUGUGAAAACAAACUGAGGGAAGCAGAUACUCCUAUGCCACUCAGUCUUGAUGUUGGAAAUAAGCCAAACAAAGUUGUACAAGAUGGCUUGCUUUGUGUGGAACCACAAGAAGAUAUUUUCCGUGUAAGCAGCGGAUUAAACCAUGUUGAAACCAAGCCAAGUCCUGUUUCUGAUAGUGAAGCCAUCACUGCUUUUGUGCCUGCAGUGGGGCAGCCUAGCAAAGACAACACUGGAGAUAGGGUAGAGUGUUCUUUGGCUGAAAAGGUAAAGUUCGAUAGUGACAAAAAUCUGAUUACUGGAUUAGAAACUCUGCUGCCAGGAAUUGAGACAAAGGAAAUGUUAGAACUAAAUUCCCUCGAAGUACCCCUCUCACUGGAAGAAUCAAAAGAAUUCUUGGAACUGGAGUCCACUGAAUUACAGCUUCCCCUAGCUGGUGAGGAGGCAAAAGAGCUGGCCCAGGAACCUGCCAUGGCUCAGCUUUCCCAGGGACGUGACUCAAAAGUAACCCUGGAACAGUUUACAAUCCAGUUCUCAAACGAUUCUAAAUCAGAACAGGUAGAACUAGAAUCUCCAAUAGUGGCUCUGUCUCUAGAUAAGGAGAAUCAUCCCUUUUCAAAGGUGAGUCAGAAGUCCCAGGAAAAUCUGUGUCCAGAGGAUCCUGGAGAACCAAAUCAUCUAAAACCCUUUAGCAGAUGCAAAAUACAUUCCAAAAUAGAGGCAACACAUAACUUGUACAAAGAAGUAUUUACAGAGUACAAAAACAGACUUUCUGUUGAGUCUUUGACUCACCUGCUUCCUGAAGAAGAAAUAAAGGCAGAAGAAAACCAUGGGAGUACUUUAACAGACCAUGCUUCAGCUCAAAUUGAGAAUACCUAUACUCUAGAAGGAUUCACCAUUGGUUCGAAAUGUGUUGUCUGGUCAAGCCUAAGGAAUACAUGGUCUGAGUGCCAGAUUUUGGAAAUAGCCGAUGAAGGUACCAAGGUUCUGAACCUUUCAAAUGGUAUGGAAGAAAUAGUGAACCCAGAAAAUGUCUGGAAUGGAAUACCUAAAUUGAAUAACAGUCCAUCUGAGGGUGUAUAUCAAGCAUUGGAAAAAGAUUUUUACUUAAGCUCAACAGAUGACACUGCUAUUAAAGGCUUUACCCCUCUGGUUUUAGAAAAACAAUCUGGAGGUGAUUUAAACAUGGAGCCUUAGAUGUUGCCCAGAAAUCAUGAAAUAGUUCCUGAAUGUGUGGCAUCUUGUUUACAAGAUUCAGAUCAGCAGAAAAAUUGUGGGUUCAUAUCCUCGAGAAGAACUUACCAUUUUGGAAAAUGAUUUAAAAAAAAACAAAUCUCAGGUUAAAUAUAUCUAUGGUAUUUUGUGGCGCUGUCUAUGUAAAUAAAGAAUUUUCAACAUCUCUCUUUAAAUCUG